CAUCGCCUCCGACGCAGCUUGUUUUGGAGGAAGUGUUAGCGAGCGAGGCUAGCGCGUUAGCAUGUUAGCUUGACGGGGGGGAGAGAAAAGCCAACGUCAACGACAACAAGACACGGUUGCAUCACGCCGCGCCGGCACACCGAGCGAUAAAUAGACAUUGGCAUUGACGGCGGUGUGUUUUGACGAGGAAAGUCGCUCCUGUGGUCGUGUAUUUCGGACGACGUCGAGGCUCCAAACCGCUAGUUUCGCGACGAAAGACAUUUAAAGGAACUGCUAGCUCUUUUAGCUGAACCUAGCUAGCUAGCCCUCGAAGAAAAUUCACUUUCCAUUUUUUUUUUUUUUUUUUUUUUUUUUUUUAACAAAGGUAUCGUCUCACAGCAGAGACACGAUGACAUCAAGGAAGAAAGUACUCCUCAAAGUAAUCAUCCUUGGAGACUCUGGCGUGGGGAAGACCUCGUUGAUGAACCAGUAUGUGAAUAAGAAGUUUAGUAACCAGUACAAAGCCACGAUAGGUGCGGAUUUUUUGACGAAAGAAGUCAUGGUGGACGACAGACUGGUCACAAUGCAGAUUUGGGACACAGCAGGUCAGGAAAGGUUCCAGUCUUUAGGUGUGGCGUUCUACCGUGGCGCUGACUGUUGCGUUCUGGUCUUUGACGUGACCGCCCCCAACACCUUUAAGACUCUCGACAGCUGGAGGGACGAGUUCUUGAUCCAGGCCAGCCCUCGAGAUCCAGAGAACUUCCCCUUUGUGGUGCUGGGCAACAAGAUCGACUUGGAGAACAGACAGGUUACAACCAAGAGGGCACAGGCGUGGUGUCAGAGCAAGAACAACAUCCCCUAUUUUGAAACCAGCGCCAAGGAGGCCAUCAAUGUGGAGCAGGCCUUCCAGACCAUUGCACGCAAUGCCCUCAAACAGGAGACCGAAGUGGAAAUGUACGAGUUCCCAGAGCCGAUCAAGCUGGACAGGAACGAGCGAGCCAAGCCUUCAGCAGAGCCCUGCAGCUGCUGAAGAUCUCCAGAGAGGGUCGUCAUGCCUUGUCUAGAUACCCCCACUGUGUUGACCCCUAAAGCCCAACAUACAAGCAGCAUCCCACUCAUAAAGUACAACACAACCAACAUGCUGCACCCUCCUCCCGUCGAGGAAACACAUUUUCUAUCAAGUAUGAGCUUCUUAGCCCAAAGAACACCUUCGACAAACAUUUGUACGUUUCUUCCUUUCCAGUCUUUUCCUCGUUAUGUUUCAGUGACAAUGGUGGGUUUUCAGUUCCAUGAAUAUUGCUGCUUUCACAAUCAGUUCUUUUACUCUGAUAUCAAUCAACAAAACUAUGUCCUCACACAUACUUAUUUAAAUUAGUUCCUUUUUUGUUGUUGUUCUGUGGUGGUAAUAUUUACUUUCACAUGCCGACUACCGCUUGAAUAGAGGAAACACCGCUCAGACAUCUGUGUUGUGGCUUUGUUUCACUCUCCGCCUGGUGCAGACCUUGAUAAAGUAAAUACUUGUUCAAGUUUGGUGGACUGGAUUGUGUGAAAUCCAGUGAAUAUGCUGCCUAUUGAUUUGUUGCUUAUUGGUACACCAUGAUGACAAUGAAGACAAGUACAAUUCUUCAAGUGUGUAGGUUUAAAAAUAACCCGGGAAAACCCAUUGAGGCUCAGGUUAGUGCAAGGUCAAACUCAAGCUGUUUUUGUGUUCCUCUUGUAAUCAACAUUGGGGACUGAACUAAAUUCAAACAAGCUUGUCUCUUUUACCUGCUGAAAAGAAAAGUACAAAUAUUCAUAAGCAUAUUAUUAGCAAAGCGUUUUUUUUUAUUGACUGUACAAUUGCAAUCAUGUGUUGGGGGAAGACAAAUAUGAUGUAAAUCUCCACGUCUUACUGCCAGUUGCUUGUGAUUGGCCGACUAUAAGUGCUUGUCAUUUCUUUUAACCAAUCAGGUGUUUGUCUGCUAGAAUUCUGUUCAAACUGAAAUGCAUUGUAGAUUAGAAACAUUCACUAACAGACUGCAACUUUGAAUGAGGUGGUGGAAGUAGAGGCGUCCAUCAUGGUAUAAUGAUAAAUGCAUAGCAGCAAUGUUUCAAAAAAUGUCUUUGCCUUUCAAGUAAUAGGGUAAUAAAUCCUCAAAAUCCAACAA